AACUAUCAGCUGUUAAGGUGGCCAUAUUUGUUUGCGACCGGUCAAUGUGCCGGCAAGCAAACAUCUUCUGUUCGCAUGUAUCGACCUGAUCCUUUGUGUUAGUGUUAACUGUCAGAGUGCGUUAGUGUUCGAUUGUAUAGGUGUUUACUGUGUAGUGGGAACGUCAAACCGUAUCGAACUGUGAACAUGUACGUAAACGAGCCUCCUGCUUCCACAAUGAUAAGAGCGAGAAUAGGCGUUGCAAUAGUAACGUUGCUAUCUUUGUCCAGCUGCGGUGUCCAUGGUCAGGCCCCUACGAAGCUGCCGCCCAAGCAAGUGACAGUCGACGAUUUCAAGAUUCGGGUAGUAGAUGAGGUAUCAGCUGCCGACUGGUCGCAGGGCUUCCAAAGUGUAGGCCAUUUACAGAAGGGGCCUUCCCUGCAAAUGACCGACGAACAACGAUUGCAACUCACAUUUUCGGUGGUUGAUGCAGCCGGUGCGACAAUUCAACCUCAGCAGGUUUUCGUGCGGCUGGCAUCUCUUCACACGGAGGUUAUCCUGCUGCCAAAUGCUGACAGCAAGAACCUAUACAAACUCGAUCUGGAUCUGAAAACGAAGGCCAAACUCUUCGAUAGCCUUAAUGGCAAAUACGAGCUGUCUCUCAUCGUUGGCGACUCGAAAAUCCAGUCAUUCCGUUGGACGAUAUCUGAUGUAGAAAUUAAGUUUUCUCAGCCCGGUUCACCGCCAGAAGACUAUUUUGCGCGCAAGCCCGACAUCGUGCACACGUUCCGCAAGCCGGAAAAAAGACCGCCUGUUGUCGUCUCAAAUGUCUUCUGUCUUGUAAUCAUUGGCCUGUUUGGCCUGAUGCUGUUCCUAUGGAUGAAAGUUGGCAUAUCGAUGUCGACCAUAACUCCAUCGUCACUUCUGUUCCAGGCAUCGCUCGGAGCCAUCCUCUACAUCGAGUAUCUCUUCUACUUAGGCAAUAACAUGUUCAUUACACUGCGCCUCCUCACGUGGGCGGCACCGUUUGCUCUCUAUUUUGGUAGGAGAAUGCUUGCGAAUCUAGCCAAGGCUGAAUCGCAAUGCUAAACCACCGAUACAUAGCAACUGGGCCAGACUAGGCCCAAUUAAAUCAGGCCGAACAACUCUACUAAUAUAAACGCCUCAAAAAUUCAUUCGGCCUAUUAGGAAAGGUGAACCUCUGGAAAAUGACACGCAUCUGGCUCGCUUCCUCCCAUCCCUUUACGAUGGUGUCCUAGAAAUGAUCAGAGACUGCGGAUUUUUCUAUUACGAGUUGUACGCUUUGGUAAAAAGGGGUCGAUUGCUUGCUAUGAACCAACCAGGAUAGUACUCGCCAUUUACUCAAGGUGGCGACAAGUCAUUUUUAAAGAUUAUCACUUAUAAUAUUGAUUACAGUAGCGAUAUUAACAUGCAGCUGAACAGAGUGAAAGUGUGUGUUGACAGGUAGUAUAAAAUGGUGGAGGUUUAAAGUCGAAAAGGUCUGUCGAUAUUUAAUAACGAUUUACGGUUAUCGAAGAGUAUCAAAAACAAAAAGGAAUUUACUCAGUAACUUUACUUGUACAGAAUGUUUGGUAGAAUUUGUAACCGCUAAUAAGUUCGUGAAUCAGGCUGUCGAAUGAAAAGAAAUGUGUAAGGAUAAAAUAGGGAACACUUAGAGAGAAUGUAUAAGUGUGCACGCAUGCAUGUGCAAAUUUUCUUUUUUGAAAAAUAAAGUGCAUUUCUUAUGACGAGA